AUGCAGACUGCUUCUACAAACAUUUGUCAAAGACUGUGCAAUAAGUCCAUCAAUGAAAUUUUCUUGCUACUAAAUAUUCCACGAUCAACUGUUAGUGGUAUUAUAACAAAGUGGAAGCAACUGGGAACAACGGAAAUUCAGCCACAAAGUGGUAGGCUACGUAAAAUGAUACAGUGAAGUCAGCGCAUGCUGAAGGGUACAGUGCGCAGAAGUCGCCAACUGUCUUCAGAGUCAAUAGCUAAAGACUUCCAAACUUAACUUGGUAUUUAAUUCAGAUUAGCACAACAACAGUGCAUAGAGAGCUUCAUGGAAUGGGUUUCCAUGGCCAAGGAGCUGCAUCCAAGCCUUACAUGGCCAAGUGCAAUGCAAAGUGUCAGAAGCAGCGGCGUAAAGUACACUGCCACUGGGCUCUAG